AUGACCACCUCGACUUGCCUUUCAGAGACAUCCUUUAAUGGCAAUGAGACCUUAGGGAAAGAUCAAAAAGACAACUGGGUGGAACAAACACAGAAUGCAGACCUGUCUGAUGUGGUUGCCAUCUAUCGCUCAUAUGAUCCCGAGUUUCGUGCAAACACUGAGCGCCAGUUGCGACGCAAGAUUGACACGCGGAUACUCCCUCUCGUUGUCUUGAUCUAUCUCUUUAAUUAUUUGGAUCGAAACUCGAUCACACAGGCUCGUCUGUAUGGACUCCAGGAGGAUACUGGCCUCAAGGGGGCAGAGUACCAGACAGCCAUUUCGAUCUUCUCGGCCGGAUACAUCAUCAUGCAACUGCCUUCUACAAUUAUGAUGACAAAAUUCCGUCCUUCCAUCUAUCUUCCGACUUGUAUCAUUCUGUGGGCAUUCGUUAGCGGAUGCACUGCCGCAACAUUCAACACAUCUGGCAUUUUGAUGGCUCGCUUCUUCCUCGGAUUUAUUGAAGCACCAUUCUUCCCUGGCGCAGUCUACUUCCUAAGCUGCUGGUACACAAAGCGUGAGAUUGGUGUCAGAAUGGCUCUAUUGAUCUGCGGUAUUCUGCUCUCAAAUUGCUUUGCUGGGCUGAUCUCAGCUGGUAUUCUGUCAGGGAUGGGAGGAGUUGCAGGCCUAGCCGCUUGGAGGUGGCUCUUCAUCCUUGAGGGACUUGCUACCAUUGUGCUAGGCUGCAUCGCUUUCUUCGUCCUUCCAGAUUUUCCGGGAACUACAAAGUGGCUCACCGAGAACGAGCGAGUCGUGGCUCAGGCCCGUCUUGCUAUUGACGCCGGUAAUGACACCCUUCUCGAUGCCGAGGAAGUAUCUAUACUGCGCGGUAUCGUGUGGGCAGUGAAAGACAUCCGCACCUGGAUCUUCGCCUGUUUGCAAAUGUCCACGACGGCGUCCAUCUCAUACUCUCACUUCUUCCCUACUCUGAUCGAGCAACUUGGUUUCAAGAAUAACACUGUUGUUCUAUUGCUAACCUCUCCGCCCUAUUUCGUGGCAUUUUGCUGGGCGCUGGCGUGGGCAUGGGUGGCAGACAGAAAGCAGAUUCGUUCGGUGCCUUCGGGGGUGUCUCAGCUCACUGCCAUGGUUGCAACCAUUCUGUUGAUCGCAGUUACGGAUCGGCUUUGGGUCCGUUAUGCCUUCACCGUAUUCCUGUGCUGUGGUACCUUCGGGGUGUAUUCUACGACAUACGCAUGGCUGUCCUCUACUCUGACGCAGCCGCCAAUCAAGCGAGCUGUGGCCAUUGGACUCGCAAACACAUGCGCAAACUGUGCUUCUCUGUUUGCGAAUUAUUUCUGGUUGGAUAAGUAUGAGCCCGCAUAUCAACAGUCGUGGGGCUGUUUGUUGGCUUUCCAGGCACUGGGAAUGUCUUGCAUUCUGACACUUCGGUUCAUACUUCAGCGCUCUAACAAGAAGUUUGAGACUCUGGCUGCUGAAACCGACUUGAAUGAUCCCAGCGCCAUGGCAAAUUUGAAUGAGGAUGAAAGAAAUGCUGUGCAGAACAACUUCAGAUAUCUUGUCUAG